CACCUGAUGCAGUGCUCUCCUACUUGAACGUACUUCUCAUCGUUACCUAGUCCUGAUUGUUCUCAAUAGCAGUCUGCUUCUCGCAGACUCACAACCCGGCAAACCACAAUGGACCAAAUGAAAGGCUUCCGCGUCGCGAAGUAUUUCGAAAAGAGCAAGCUCCUUUUUGCCAUCAACUCCAUCGCAGCAUUAUCGAUCUUCUUCUUCGGCUACGAUCAAGGAAUGAUGGGCGGCGUCAACAACAGCAAACACUACAUCGACCUCAUGAAAUUCGGCUACAUCGACCCCCUCACCAACGACCCCGUAAUAACCGACUCCCUCCUCCAAGGCGGCAUAGUCUCAGUCUACUACCUCGGAACCCUCUUCGGCUGCCUUUUGGGAGGCUGGGUCGGCGACCUCCAAGGCCGAAUCAAAACCAUAGCCUUCGGAGCCCUCUGGGCGAUUUUCGGCGCAGCAUUACAAUGUAGUGCGCAAAAUGCCAAUUGGAUGAUUUGUGCGAGAGCGGUGAAUGGAAUUGGGACGGGGAUUUUGAAUGCGAUUGUGCCGGUUUGGGCGACGGAGACGGCGGAGCAUACGAGUCGGGGACAGUUCAUUGCGAUUGAGUUUACGUUGAAUAUUUUUGGGGUUGUGGUGGCGUAUUGGUUGGAGUAUGGGCUGUCCUUCAUAGAUGGGGGGGCUUCGCAGUUUCGCUGGAGGUUUCCGGUGGCGUUUCAGAUUAUUCCGUUGUUGGUUUUGCUGGGUUCAGUAUGGUUCUUCCCGGAGAGUCCAAGGUGGCUGGUCAAGGUCGAUCGAAAUGAGGAGGCGAGGUAUAUCCUGGGACGAUUGAGAGGAGAAGACGCCGAGGGACAAGCGAAGGCCGAUGCUGAGUUCCAGGAUAUCAAGAACAUUGUUGUGCAUGAGCGCAAGACUGCGAGCAGGAACAGCUACUACUCAAUGCUGUUUGGAAUUGGUUCUGGCAAGCUGCACACGGCGAGAAGAGUGCAGUUGGUCGUUUGGCUGCAGAUCAUGCAAGAGUGGAUUGGUAUUGCUGGCGUCACGGUCUAUGCACCUACGAUAUUCCGCAUUGCUGGUUUCUCAGGGGGCAAGUCCCAGUGGUUGUCCGGAUUAAACAACGUAUUCUACAUGAUGUCGACACUCAUCUGCGUAUUCACUCUUGAUCGCAUUGGUCGAAGAUGGACUCUGUACUGGGGAUCCGUGGGGAUGGGAAUAGCCAUGUUCCUAGCAGGCGGGAUGUCAAGAGGUGGAAUCGAUGCUCGAGCAGCAGGGAAUGAAUCCAGUGCCACAUCAUAUGGCAUCGCAGCAGCAUCCUUCGUUUUCAUCUUCACUUCGGUGUUUGGUGCGACUUGGCUGACUGUACCAUGGCUGUACCCGGCCGAGAUCUUCCCUCUCGAAGUCCGUGCCAAAGGAAACGCCUGGGGAGUCGUCGGCUGGUCUAUCGGGAACGGCUGGCUGACGCUACUCUGCCCCGUAAUGUUCAGCGCGAUUGGCGAGAAGACGCUCUACAUCUUCGGCGCUUGCAAUGUGAUCACCAUUCCCAUGGUAUGGGCUCUUUACCCAGAGACAAACCAGAGAACGCUCGAGGAGAUGGAUCUCGUUUUCGCAGCAGACAGUCCUUGGGUCUGGGAUGCCGAAGCGAACUUCAAGCGUUUGAAGGAGGAGAAUCCUGAUCUGGUGACGGCAGCCAGUCGAGGUAAUUCGGUCAUUGAUCCAGAAGCAGGGAUUCGUAAAAUCGCAGAGACGCAUGAGUCGUUGUCGGAAGAGCCGAAGAAAGACAUCAACUGAUGUUGGUGAGCAGUAAGGUGCUUAGUAGAUAUCCCACAGUGAGACUUUCCCAUCUUUGCUUCCAGCUGCCAACCAGUG